CUGAGCCUCCGCCUCCGCCAUAGGCAGUCGCAGUCUCACACAACCCUCCCGCUUCCAUCGUUUCCCCACGUCUCGCCUCGCCUCCAGAGCUUUCCCCCUUCCUCUUUCCCUUUCCACCUCCCCCGAACCCUUCGACCCCGAGAGCCUAAAAAAUUCGAGCCAACAACAACAGAGAGAGACUGCGACAGCCCCCCGGCGCCGGCCGCCGGGUCCUCGCCGGGCUGCGGGCCGCCAGCGCAUGGCAUCGUCGCGGGUGAUGGCCGCGUCGUCGCAGCCGCCGCCGUCCGGCUCCUCCGAUCUCGCGCGCUUCCGGAGCGCCAGCGGCAUCGGAUCCAUGAACAUGGACGACAUCCUCCGCAACAUAUACGGCGAGGCGCCCCCGUCCGGCGCCGGCGCCCCGGCGGACCCCGCCCCCGCGCCGGAGGCCGCCGCCCGCCGGACGGCUGAGGAGGUCUGGAAGGAGAUCUCGGCCACCGGGGGCCUCUCCGCCCCCGCCCCCGCCACCGCCCCCGCCGGCGCCGGAGGCGGCGAGGCGGGCGGCGCGGCCGUGAUGACCCUGGAGGAUUUCCUCGCCAGGGAGGACGACGGUAGGGUUACGGCGGUGGAGGGGAACAUGGCGGUAGGGUUCCCCGAUGUGGGGGCGGAUGUGGGGGCGGGUGUGGCCGGAGGGCGACGACGAGGUGGCGGUGCCGGCGGCGCCGGAAGGGCGAGGAAGAGGGCGCUGAUGGAUCCCAUGGACCGCGCCGCGACGCAGCGGCAGAAGCGCAUGAUCAAGAACCGCGAAUCUGCGGCCAGGUCCAGGGAGAGGAAGCAGGCUUACAUCGCAGAACUGGAGGCACAGGUCACACAGCUUGAGGAGGAACAUGCCGAACUGCUUAGAGAACAGGAGGAGCAAAACGAGAAGAGGCUUAACGAGCUCAAGGAACAAGCAUUCCAAGUCGUCGUAAGGAAAAAACCAUCGCAAGAUCUUAGAAGGACCAACUCGAUGGAAUGGUAGAAGUAUCAGCAAGCUCUGUUGUUAUUCUCUUACAGUUACAGGGUUUCUUCUUUUGCUUUCUGUUUACCCUAGUCGUCGUUGCUGGCGGCGAUGUAGAAGCAGCAAGACUUGUUAGGCGGAAGGACUCUAGUUCAAAAAGAGAAGAAAAGAUGUAGUAGACGAGGUUCUGUGCGUGAUCGGAAAGGUCAUGCCAUUCAGAAUCGGUGUGUGAUCAGCUAUUUAAUUUUGCUGUCAUUGUAUGUAAAAACCAGAAUAAGCAAUGUUUGCAUAAAAUGUAGACUAGAGUUGUCUCAGUUACAAAGACAUUUGAAGAGAUGUUUGUUUGUGUUCA